AUGUCUCCUUCCGAACGCGUAAUUUCCCCAAUUGAGCAUUCAGACAUCAGUGAUGACUACGAAGAAAGUGACUGCACAAAACAGACGCGUUUCAGUGCGAUAAAGGAGGAGGAGGAGGAGGAGGAGGAGAGCAUCAACUUUGAAUUCCCACAGGACUGGCAUCCAGACGGGGUUAAUUUGAUGCAAUGUGAAGGCGCCGUUCCAGUGCCUCUUCAGGGAGUCUGA